AUGGCAGCCGCCUCCCCGCCCACCCUAGGGCGAGGCCCGCUCUCUGCCGAAACCACGGGGCCGGAGGAGGCGCUCAAGCCCCGCGCUCCUGCCUUUCACCGCCGACCCUUCGGCUCCGUCGACGGAGAGCGGCUGCCCGAGCCUCCCUCGCCCCUCCUGGCAGGGACAACCAGCCAAGGGGGGCGCUUCGGACGGGUCCGCGCCGCCCCACCGAGCCCAGGCUCUGACAGGCUGCUAGCCGUAGACCGGAGUCCGCUUCGACCAGACCCGCCUCGGCCCUCGCCCUCCCGUCGUUCAUCUCCACCUGUGGACGGCGCCGGGCCGCGACCCGCCCUCCAUGGCGUUGUCAUGGUAACCGCUGCGCCCCCCGGCGGCCCGUCAUGCCGCCGAGACUUCCCCUCCCCACGCCACUCACCAAAGCGGAGGACGACGGCGGCUGCGAAGGUCCACACGCGGCCUCUCACGCGCCGCCCACCACGCUCGCCGUCUCCAUAG